AUCUACAUUUAAGGGCGCACCAAUCAGUGCUGAUGGUGAACGGAGCAAGGCGCGCUUGGGUGCCGUAAUCGUUUUGCAACCGUUGGGUAAAAAGUCGGGUGUCCUCGACCCGCCCUCAGCGUCGUGUCUCUGCACUGCUAACAAUAAAACUUGAUGCACAGUAAAGCAUCCAAUAGUUUUGCAACAUUCUAUUAUCCAAACUGUAAAUUCGACUGUUCACCGGCAGCGCUGGUCGCCGAGCUUACAUUCAGCCUAUCAAAGUUGCCCAUAUAGCACAGAUGACACCUACGUGUUGUGUUUUGGCCCCGGCCGGCGCGUUUCCAGCGGGCACGGCGGUCACGACGGCACAUUUGGGGAGCUCGUCCCCCGCAGCAGCGCACAGCGGUCAGUGCACCUGGUGUUUGUCACCUGCUAUCACCUACUGCGAGAGUGACAAGGUGCUGCUCUGCAAGAGCUGCGACGUGCGCUUGCAUACCUCCGGGCUGGUUGCAUCUCGCCACCUCCGGCGCAUCCCCUGCCAGUCCUGCUUCGGGCGGGGCGCCGCCCUGCGCUGUCGGGACUGCGCCAGAGGCUACUACUGCGAGCAGUGCCACGACGCGAUCGUUGCUGCUGUACCGACACCCGGCGUGUGUGACCCAAAGGACAGCCGGGGCCUACCGCCGGCGCACCAGACAACUCCAGUCGGGCUACUGGCGCCGCUACCAGCCCUACCGCAGGACCUGCUCUCUGAUGACCCCUUUAUGGCGGACGCUCUCACCUGCGCGGACGUCGCCGCCGCGGCCGCCGGCGGGCCAGUAGCAGCGCACUGCCGCGACGACGAGGAGGAGGAGGAAGAUGGCGGCUGCACGGCAGCGGCGGCGGCCGCGCACAGCGCCAGCGGCUUUGCGCACGCGCCCAGCAGCAGCGGGGGCGCUGGCAGCACGCCAGCAAGCUCGGUCACUGUGGCUGUCGUGGCAAGGCAGCGACCGGCUGCGCCGCGCGUCGCGGGCAAAUGGCGGGGCGGCAUCAGUGUUACCGCCGCGGUGCUUGCGGCAGCUGCAGCGGCGGCGGCGACGGCGGCGGCAGCGGAUGAGGAGGCUGCUGGCAGUGAGGAGGAGCCUGAAACUCCGGAGGAGAAUGAGCCUGAGGCUGAGGCACGUGUGGAGGACGAGGGACAGGAAGCUGGAGAAGACGCUGAGAUGGAGGACUGCGCCGCCGCUGUGCCGGCUGCCGCCGCCGCUGGCGCCACCACCACCGCCUGCGCCAUGGCUGAAGCCGCAGCCGGCACGGGCGCCGCCGGCGACGGCCAUGACCCGCAGCAGGUCGAGAUCUUGGUGCCUCUGUGCCGCGUGCCCAGCAGCAGUGCCGGCGGCGGUGGCCUGUGCGCCGCCUGCCGCGGCGGCGUACCACCCUUUGACGCUGAGGAGGCGGAGCCGCAUGAGAUCGGGGUGGCAGCAGUGGAACGCGAGGCCGUGGGCGGCGGCAAAGAUGGCAGCAGCGGCGGCUGCCAGUGGCAACAAGGCGGUAUGGCGGCCUGCCCGCGGACGGCGUGUCUGGUGUGCGCGGCGGCGCUCCCGGCCCGCUGCCGCCGAGCGCUCUCCAGUAUGGGCUCAGACGACUACGAUGAUGCAGAGAUGGAGCAGUGCGAUGUCGCCAUUGAGAAGGAGGAGGAAGAAGCGCUAGCGGCUGCUGCAGCGUCCGCGGGCGGUCGUCGUGGCGGUGCCGGCGCCUCCUCUGCGCCAGCAGCAGGAGUUGGGGUCCGCCUGGUGCCGGUCUGGGGCCACGCCAAGGCCGCGGUGGUGGCCGGAAGGGAGCUGGAGAGGGGAACCGCGGCGGCGUGCGCCUGCUUCGGCAAGUGGUGCGGCUACGUCAGCGCGCUGCGGGACGGGCAGCUGACCAGCAUCGGCCAUGCGGCGCUGCAACACCGCCACGAGGCAGCAGAGGCGGCGGGAGGGGCUGUGACGGAGCCGACUGAGGCAGAUGCUGGGGUGGGGUUUGAGGCGGAGGCGUUCAGUCGCCAGGGCAGCUUCAGCACCUCUAUGCAGGAGGCCCAACAGGCGCUGCAGCUGCAAGAGCUGCUGGAGGAUGACCACACACCGCCGCCACCAGCUGCCGGGCCCUACGAGCGGCAGUUCCCGUCGCUGGCAGGCGCCGUGCAGCAGCUGCCUCAGCACGAUCAGGCGCUGCCGCUGGCUGUGGCAAUGGCGCCACCAGCGCCACCGCUAGCGGCAGUGGCGCCGGCCGCAGAAGCAGCUGGGGCAGAAGCAGGUGUGGAGGCGGGUGAUGCGGAGGACAUGUUUGCUGGAAUGGCGGGUUUGUCGGAACAGGAGCAGCGACGCAUGCUGCUGCAGCAGCUGGAGGAGUUGCGGCAGCAGGAGCAGGCGCGGCUGCAGCACAUGCACUGGCUGCAGCAGCAGCAACAGCAGCAGCAGGCCCUGCACAUGCACCAUCAGGUGCAUAUGCAGCAGGUGCACAUGCAGCUGAUGGCAUGCACGCCGCACGCGCAGCAGCUGCACCCGCAGCCGCAAGAGCCCGUGCAACAGCCCACGCAGCCAGCAGCGCAUGCGACAGACAUGGACAUGAACAUCGACGGGACCCGCCACGGGGGUUCCGCCUCCCUCACGCCGCCAGCACCCUGGGCGCAUGUGCAGAUGAUCCCUCAGCAGGCACCCAUGCCGGCGCCGCCGCAGCAGCAGUCGCAGCCCUUUGGCAUACUGCCCAUGCAGCAGGGCCAGCCGCCGUACCCCGUGCAGCUUUACCAGCAGCACCUCGCGGAGCAGUACGAGGCACCUUUCUCGUACACAGCAGAGGCCGGCAUCUGCCGCCCGGAGGUGCCACCGCUGCCGCCACAGCAACAACAACCGCCGCAAGCGCAGCUGCAGCAGCAGCAGCAAGUCCCAUUUACCCGCCGCAUGUCGGAGGCGGACUCCACAUCCCCUUUCGCGAGCUCGGCCAUUGCCGGAGUGCCCGCCACGCCCUCCACGCCCUCGGAUGCCGCCCCACCGGCGCCGCCCGCACCCGCAACCAUGGCGGCAGCCGCGGCAGCCGCGGCGGCCGCGGCAGCACCGCCUGCAAAGCCGCCUGCGCCAGGGGUGCCUGCAGCCCGCGCAGCUGUGCAGCCGCCGCCGCAGGGUUCGCUGCUGCAUCGCGGCCCCAGCCUGAACGGCGGCAUUCGCAAGCCGCCGCCGCCACCGGUGAUCACCGUUAUCAAGCGGGGGCCCGACGGCUCAAUCCUGCACAAGUGUUCUGCGCCGCCGCCGGCCGUCCGGCGCUCCGUGAAUGGCAAGCGCGACGAUGUGCCAGCCGCCGCCGGGGCGCGUGCGGCAGCGCCUGUUGUUGCUGUUGACACCAAGGCCACAGAGGCAGCGGCAAACACCAGUGCAGCGGCGGUGCCUACCUCAGCAUUCAGCACCACCAGGGCCGCAGUGGCAGCGGUGGCGCCAGGGGUUGCGGCACAGCAGCAGCGUAACACGCCGGCAUAUGCGCCAAUCACAACGCCCCAGGCUACGGCCUACGCGGCGCAGGUGCUGGCAGCGGCAGCAGCGGCCGCAGCCGGCUCCGGCGCCAGCGGGGUGCGUGAGUUGACGCGAGAGGAGCGGGUGGCGCGCUUCCGUGAGAAGCGGAAGCGCCGCAACUUUGACAAGGUCAUUCGCUACGCCACGCGCAAGUACUAUGCAGAGGUGCGGCCUCGCAUCCGCGGUCGCUUUGCGCGGCGGGAGGAGAUUGAGGCGUGGAAGAUGGCGCACGGCGGCCCCGACGUGGAGGUGCCGGCUGUGCUGGAUGACGACUGAGGGCCGCACGUGAGGCUGAGGCGCGUGCGUGGAGAGAGAGCAGGAAGCAACAAGCCCACGGAGCGUCGGGGAGAGCCAUCUAUCGACACAAGCCCCCACAGAAGAUACCGUAUCGGUGCUGAUAAGGGAAUGAAAGGAUGGGAGGUGGAGGCAAGGAUGCGAUGGCAGCGGUGUUUCUGUUUGCUGAGAUGCAGCUUUGCGCAGACUGUGGUUUGGCAAUGGAAUGCGGGGGCGUCGGCGGCCCGAUGUGUAGGCUGGCGUGGCUCUAUCUUAAUGGUAAGGAUUCUACUGUAUAAGCAUUCCUGCGCACCCAUGGCACUGCAUGACGGAUCUUCCACACAACAUUUGCUACCUCAGGAUCUCGUGCGUGCAUUGGUAGUGUACACGAAUUGAAGUGCAAACGGGGCUGCCCUGCGCGGCUGCGCCCCAGGGCACCGCGGCAUCGAUUACUUGCGUGGGCUUGGUCUGGAAGCAGCGGCACAGCAGCCUGCAGCAACAUACAGCCAACGGCAACCGUUAUGCAUGCCCCUUUGCACCCUGUAUGUUAGGCAUUGUGUGGAGGUGUUGCAUGUUUCACCGCGCGAAGAGUCCUGGAGAGAUGGCGUCAUUACGGUAUGUACUGUGCGUGCCCCAGUGCUAGCUGGCACUGCUGGAUGGCACGAUGAACAGUGCCAGAGGUUAAAGAGACCGGCGGUGCCUAACCACCCCGCCAGGUUUCAUGAGGUUCGUGUGUGUUGAUGGUGUCGAUGGCCAUGGGUGAUGGCCGGGCUUCGAGCUUAUUUCAGCGUGUGGAUAUCCACCAGUACAACACUCAUAUAGAGGGUACAUCCUUGUUGGCGAUGCGAUGGCGUGGAGGGUUGCGGUGCCGCUCGACGUCCGGAGCAAGGCGAACCCAUACGGCACAGCACGGCAUGUGCCAUGGGAACAGCCAGGAGCUGCUGCUGGCAUGAGUGAUGAUUACCAAGUAGCACACACGGUUGAAGAAUGUUCGGAUAUGAUUUCGUCGUCAUGAAGUACCAUAUUUACGAAACUCAGCGACGAAGAUGCGGCACGCGCUGAUGGAGAUGCUGCUUGGUAGAGCGCGACCUGCGGUCCUGCGCCGUUGUGCGUGGCGGCAAUGGUGGCGGCGGCGGCGCAGGGCCUGGCGAUUGGCAGCGGCUGCGGCGCAGGGCCUGGCGGCUGCGUUGUCGCAGCCAACUUGCCCUUUGAGGGGAAGAGCCACCUUUCUUGUUGUCAUGAAGUUGAGGGUAGAUAUUCUCGGAGUUUCGUAAGGCCAGGGAUACUCUCGGGGUUUGUCUUCCGGUGGUGGAAGGCGUCCAAACUAACUGCAAGCGUUUGAUCACCCGCUCCAAGUGUAAGGCGCCUACCACACCUGCCCUGCUUCCCUUGUAUGGCGGAGGGGGUAUGGCGGAGGGGUAGUGAACAAGGGCACUGCGGAGGGCAUCUACGCCUACCGGCAACGGGGCCCUGGAGCUUGUCGCCUAGUGUGGGCGGCGGCGGCGAUGGCGGAGCAACAAUGUGGGUGAGCGGGGGCAAGGUGUGUGUGAGCGAGCACUCGCUCAAGAUGGCCACAUAGGCAAACCCCAUUAUGAUUGUGUUAUCA